AUGUCGAACCAAUCUACUCAUGAGGGGGAGAUUGGUUCAACAUUUAUUUACAUAUAUGUAAAUGUUAAAAAUGAUGAUAAUGCAUUUAACGUUAAUACGGAAGAUAAACCAUCAAAAAUCAAGAAAAGAAUGUCGAUGCCAAUUGAAGAAUUCAAACCUCAUUUCCCUCCAAGAAUAACACUCCAAGACAUUUAUACAGAAAUUUUAUCCAAUAACAAUAGGCAUGGCAGGAGAGCAACAAAGCUCCCAACAGCCUUUGACGCAUACAAGCUCUGCUUUCGUCGAGAACUUGAGUUACAAAGUUAUAAUGCUUUGGAACAAAUGAUUACAUCUUUGGCUAUUAAUUCAUGGGCUAAAGAACCAGCCGACGUUAAAGAAGAAUAUAAAAGAUUAUUGACUGAAGCGAAAACUUUGCAGUAA